AUGUCGAGCAAACAAGUCAUUGUGACCGAUAGGGCACCGUCACUUCCCGCAAUAUACAGCCAGGCUAUCGUGGUCAACGGCCUAGUCUUCUGCUCCGGCACCAUUGCCAUCGAUCCCAAAGACGGCGAAAUCAUACAAGGCGACAUCAAAGAUCGUACACAUCAAGUCCUCAAAAAUCUUUCGGCAGUGCUCGAAGCUGCCAAAACCUCAUUGGACAAUGUGGUGAAGCUCAAUGUCUAUCUUUCGAACAUGGACGAUUUUGCAGCUAUGAAUGAGGUAUACGUUGAGUAUUUCCCAAACAAAAAGCCUUGCCGCACCUGCGUAGCUGUCAAGACAUUGCCCUGGGGGACCGACGUCGAGAUGGAGUGUACCGCCGUGCAGGCUUAG